AAGCCAUGAGGGCGGCCGUUGCCUACGUCCUGCUUCUUGCCCACCUCAUACAGGCGACAACCGGUAGCGGAAAUUUCGAGGUUCAAAUCCUCUCGUUAACGAACAACCGGGGCACACUGGUGGACGGGCGUUGCUGCGGCGGCGGUGGCCGUAGCAUAGUCAGCGCCACCAGUCUAGCCAAUGGCGACAGCACCAGCAGCAGUAGCAACAGCGGAGGCUACAAUCAAGCGCUGCAGCAUCAUCACACACAUUACAGGGAUCACCCGCCCUGCAAAACACCAUGUACCACGGCCUUUUGGCUGUGCCUAAAGGAGUACCAGUCCAAUGUCACGGCAAUCGGCUCCUGCAGCUUCGGCAAUGUAUCUAGUCAUGCACUCGGCCAGAAUACCUUCACACUCACGGAGCCUGUGACGCUUCAACUACAUUUUACCUUCAGAUGGACCAGACAGUUCACGCUGAUCCUGCAGGCGAGGGACGAGGAGAGCAACGGAGUAAUCGAGGAGGCGAGCUACAGCGGUAUCGUGCUGCCCGGCCCUACGUGGCACACUCUAAAUCACCAAGGCCGAAACGCUCAUCUGGCGUACAGAGUGAGGGUGGAGUGCACCGAAUACUACUACAACGCCACGUGCACGAAAUUCUGUAGGCCGAGGGACGACAUAUUUGGCCACUACACGUGCGACGCUAACGGCGACAAGGUCUGCAUUCAAGGCUGGAAAGGAGCCGAUUGCGAAACUGCGGUAUGCAAGGAAGGUUGUCAUCCAGUCCACGGCCACUGCAACGUGUCCGGCGAGUGCAAGUGCCGGCACGGCUGGCGGGGCGAGCUCUGCGACCAGUGCACGCCCUACCCGGGCUGCAAGCACGGCUACUGCAACGGCUCGAGCUGGCAGUGCAUCUGCGACACCAACUGGGGCGGCAUCCUCUGCGACCAGGAUCUCAACUACUGCGGCACGCACGAGCCCUGCCAGAACGGAGGCACUUGCGAGAACACGGCGCCGGACCAGUACCGCUGCACCUGUCCCGAGGGCUUCUCCGGGCCCACCUGCGAGAAGGUCGACAACCCGUGCGCCUCGAAUCCCUGCCUCAACGGGGCCAACUGCACGGAGGUCGGCGAGCAGGCAGUCUGCAACUGCACGGAGGGCUUCGCGGGCCCGACCUGCGCCACCGACAUCGACGAGUGCGCCUCGCAGCCCUGUCUCAACGGCGGCACCUGCGUCGACGGCGUCAACGGCUUCAGCUGCCUCUGUCCGGCCGCUUGGCAGGGCACCACUUGCCAGUUCGACGUUGACGAAUGCGCGCUCAAGGAGCCGCCCUGCAAGAACUCCAUAACCUGCUACAAUCACGCCGGCGACUACACGUGCAAGUGCCGCAGCGGCUUCACGGGUAAGAACUGCACCAAGAACAUCGACGACUGCGUAGGCCAAUGCCAGCACGGGGCACUCUGCAUCGAUCUGGUCAACGACUACCACUGCUCCUGCAUGGCUGGUUACACGGGCAAGGACUGCGAGAUCGACAUCGACGAGUGCGCCUCCAAGCCCUGCCUCAAUGGCGGCGAGUGCCGAAAUCUCGUCAAUCGUUACGAGUGCGUCUGCCCGGUCGGCUACACGGGCGCUCAGUGCGAGAUCGAUCGCGAUCACUGUCUCCCCAAUCCGUGCCGCAACUCCGCCCAAUGCUUCAACACCCAGACGGAUUAUUAUUGCCACUGCACGUCCAACUGGCAGGGCAAGAACUGCUCCGAGCCAGCCGCGCACAAUCCGCUCUGGGGCCUCGUCGACGACAGCUUGGGCUGCGGUAGCGAGGAGCUGCCUUGCGGAGGUCGAGGCAGGUGUCGCGACGGCAAAUGUAUCUGUGACGCCGGAUACCAGGGUGUCCACUGCCACGAGAACAUCAACGAUUGCGGUGGCAAUCCUUGCCGUAAUGGUGGUACUUGCGUCGAUCUCGUCAAUUCGUUCCAGUGCAUAUGUCGAGAAGGUUGGACCGGUGAUCUCUGCGAUCAAGACGUGGACGAGUGUCUGGACUCACCUUGCCGCAACAAUGGAACUUGUGUCGAUGGCGUAGCUGACUUUACAUGUAUUUGUCGCAAUGGUUGGAAAGGUAAGACCUGCGCAAUGCGAGGAACCCACUGCGAACCCAGCGCCUGUCGUCACGGUAUUUGCCAGGACCGAGGCGAUGGUUUCUCUUGUCAUUGCGAGCCUGGCUGGGAAGGAGCUGCUUGUCACAUCGCAUCGCCGGCCUGCGCUUCGAGUCCUUGCGAGAACGGAGCGACCUGCGUCAAUAGCGCCGACGGUGGCUAUCGCUGCAUCUGUCGCGAGGGCUUCGAGGGUGCCAACUGCCGACGCGACGUCGACGACUGCCAGACUCUGCCUUGCCUCAAUGGCGGUCGCUGCGUCGACGGAGUUAACUGGUUCCGAUGCGAGUGCGCCCCCGGCUUCACCGGCCCGGACUGUCGCAUAAACGUCAACGAGUGCGCGAGCGAUCCCUGCGCUCAUGGAGCGACGUGCGUCGACGAUAUCGCUAGCUACAGUUGUAUCUGUCCUCCCGGUCGAACGGGUUCCAGAUGCGAAAUUCGCCUGUCCAGUGGUCACGGAUGCUUAGCAGCCAGCUGGGACGAUGACUGCAACGUGUGCGAAUGCCGUAACGCCAAGAGCCAGUGCAGCAACGUCUGGUGCGGAGCUGGCAAUUGCCUAAACGGCUCUAGCUGUUUGGCUCAUGAAGUCUGCGUGCCUUCUCCGGGUGAGAGUUGUUUGGUUCCACCGUGCGCUCCUUGGGGCGAAUGCCGCCCCGUUGAGAGCGGAAGGAGGGUAGGGCCGCCAGCCUUGCCCGCACCACCUUCGUGCUGGCCUGGACAAGCUACACCAGGACCUGAUUGCUCGCGGCUCAGUAUACUUCUGAGGCGUGACUCACUUACGCCCGGUACAUCGGUGGAACUCCUCUGCCGCAAGCUAAGAAAGCUUCUGGCCGAUCCGAGAAGGCCACAGUCCGUCGUGCUGCUGUGCGAUAUUAAACCCGGAGAUAACGACACCGUAGAAGUAACGAUAUUCUCAGAGGCCGCUUCAGCCGCAGCUCGUGAUCUCGGCGAAGCACUCAGUAGACCGCUUGGACGGCCGGUCGCUUUGGCUUCGGUGCUCGAAGUCAAGGUUGAAACUGCUCUGCUGAGUAGCGACCCCAGCUCCGCGUCCAACAACGCUGGAUACCUUGCUGCGCUAGGGGUUGUUUUGGCCAUGAUUUUACUGCUCGCCGCGCUUGUCGGUCUCUGGUAUAUAAGGUCGAUGAGACAAGGCGCGGGACUUACAGCGGCGACGAGUAGCGAGACGUCAUUGCACAGGCACCGCAGCGAUCUCGACGAAAAGUCAAACAAUCUCCAAAACGAGGAGAAUCUCCGUAGGUAUGCAAAUCCUUUGAAAGAGCAGGACGGAGAGCCAAGGGUUUCGGUGGUCAGGCCGCUCGGUCCGAUAAAUGGACUAAACGAAGAGAGCCUGGAGAUGGUAAGCGAAGAAGCAAGGCAUUGUGGAUUGCCGCCUCUUUACAAGCCACCCUGUGCCGAGAUGCGCAACAACACGGUGACUUUUAACUAUGAGGACCCACCACACAAGCCCUAUACGAAACCGCGGUUACAAGAGCCGACGUAUCCAAAUUCCGGUCAGCCACAUCAAAUGCUGACGGUACAUGUCUGAAGAUUUUUUGAUCAGCUUGUGUCACAGUAAUCAUGAACAGGGCUUUGCCGCCCUUUGACUAUAAACUACCACAGUAUGCUGUUAAAAUCAAAGGAUUUUCAUUAAAUUUAGCGUCCGGAAUUUAGAUUAAUUCAGCCUGGAAACGUGAUACUAGCAUCUCUGAUUUUACGCCAAGUACUUGCACGCAAAAACUUUUUUUUCUGGAGGUUGUAUGGCUUUUACCUUGCGAGAGCCCGUUGAGCUUGCAUUUUUUCGAUCGUCCUUUUUAACUCGUUAUCGAAAUGUAUCUGUUGUGUACUGUAAAAAUUAACUUUAUUAUAAUAUAAGUAUUCUCAAAUGUAUUUCGUCGUAGCAAUUGUGUGUGUGAAUGAGUAUGUGUAAUUGCUUAACGAGUGAAAAAAGUGUAAUCUCGCACGAUGAAAAAGCUCCUGUGACAAUAAUGAUUUACCUUUAAAAAAAUAAAUAUCACACCACGGCAUAUGACUGUUUUCAACACUAGAAUUGUAACAUUAUGUCGAGUUGUUAUCGUUGUACAUAUGUACAUAGCCCGUACUUAUUAAAUUUAUCAAGCCUAUAACGAUGCGUCGAUGCGAGUACUCGCGUCGUUCCAUCGAAUCAUUAAGAUUAAUCGAGAUAUUAAAAAGAAAAACGCGAGGAGACGACGCGAGUCAAUCCUACUUUAGAGAAAGAGUGCCGAAUGUCUAAUGAGAGUUUCAAAUGAUCUGUAUGUACAUUUAAUGCGAGAGAAAGGAUACGUGUUUUUUUCUUAACUGCGUAGUCCUCGAGUUUUUCUACUUAUACAUACUUUAUACAUUACGUAUAGUCUGUAGAGCUUCAUGUGCAGUGUAUGCGGUGGCACAGAUUUUUAAAAUUUAUAAAAUAAUCGUGCCGGCUAUCCGGUUGUGAUACUAAAAAAUGGAAGUUAUAACAUUUAUAUACACAAAUUUUGAUAUGCGAAAUUUAGAGAAAAUGUUUUUUAAUGUAUAGUGUCAAUUAUAUGUAUUUUUUUCUACAUCGAAGUCGUUUUUUCCUAAUGAUAACUUUAUAAAAAUGGCAAGUUACAAGAACAUUUUUCUUAAAACAAAAUGUAAAGCAAAAUGCAAACACGCACACUUUUGAUGCAUAUAACAGGCUCUUGUACGUUCCUUCAAACGAGACAUUGUGAUAAUGAUGAAAGCGCGGGGCGUUCUUACGCCAAUAUUUUCUUGUACUUUUUUCGUCUCAAUGCUAUACGUUUUUCCUUCUAUUAAUCUUUUUAAAUCUAAAAAAGUAUGAAAGCAUAUGAUAACUUUGUAAUUGUGCAUUUACUGACCCUUCUCAAGUACGACGAUAUUUUUCCCAAAUUUAUACCCUUAUGUAUUCGUUGAACAAAAUCGUCGUAUAAUUAUUAAAUAACGAUGUAAAAUAUGCAGAUUUUAUGAAGUGGAGAGUAAAAUCUAUCUCUAAAAAUUUCGUAAUUUUACGAUGCAAUAGAAAUUUAAGGCUUUACGAAAGAUUCGCGCGGUCGUAAUAAUACAUACGUAUAUUGUAAAUAGAAUUUUUUUUAUAAAUACUAUAAAUAAUUAUUAUAAAUAUAUUUAUAAAGUAGAAACAAGCGAGUAAAGUCGCUGAUGAGAUACGGAGGCUGACCAAGCGGGCGUUUUCAUAGGUGUUAGACACCAUGAUCUUAUAAUUGGUAAACUUUCGAAAGUGUAUUAUGUUUGUUCGAGGAUAUGUGCAGUAAAAAAUUUCCAAAAUAAAUU